AUGGCUCGCGAUAGGAGCGUGUGCGUGGAGGCCAACACCGACGACGUACCUCCGCCGCCCAGGGGUCACUCGUCGCUUCGCAGUCAAUUUCGCGAGGCUCCUGCAAGCGCGCAGUCGGUCGCACAAGGCCGGUCGCUGCCGUCGUCGUCGUCCGUGCCGAGCGGCAACGCGCGCUACAUCCGCUCCACCACCACCCCCCCUCUGCGCCGACCCCCGCCCGCGCAGCCUCCUCCAGCUGAGGGGAGCGAUGGCGACGGGAACAGCAAGCCAGAACCCCAAGCGCGGGAGUUGCGCGGCAAGCAAGGCGCGCGCGAGGGUCGCGGGAGCAAGAGGAUGGAGAAUGGCGAAGGGGGAACGCGGGCGCAGGAGGGGGGGGGUGGGGGAGGCGCGCAGGAGAAGGCGGGGGUGGCGGGGGUGGCGCGCGAGGUGCUGUUCGUGAAGGGCAACGUGGCGGUGCACCCGUCCGCGUCGUCCAGUCGCAAGAUCGCGGGGCAGCUGCGCCUCGUCAAGCAUGGCGCUGACGUCUUCCUCAACUGGAUUCCCUACGAGCCCUCCUCGCCCGCAGGCACGCCUAAAGGCAUAGCGCGUGGCAGUCUGCUGUACUCCAUCCGCUCAGUGGCUGUGUCGGAGAUGCGCUCCAUCCGCCGCCACACACCGCCCUUCGGCUGGCACUACAUCAUCAUCGUCCUCACCUCAGGGGUGGCGUUCCCGCCGCUCUACUUCUACGACGGGGGGGUGAAGGAGUUCCUGCACGUGUUGAAGCAGCACGUCAUGCUCGAGCGCUCCCUGGAUGACCCCAACGUCUACAACGUCAACCAGUCCUUCGACCUCCUGCAGCAGAGGAGUCUAGCGCGCCUGCAUCUGUGGGAUCCGCCCUCCACCGACCCCGCCGAACCGCCCGCCUCCGCCAAUUUCCGCUCCAUGUCGCUCCCCGCCGCCCGCCGCCACGCCCCGCCGUUCCGCCCCUCCGCGCCCCCUGCCGCUGCAGCAGCGGCGGGUGGUGCAGCAGGGAGGGGAGGGGCGGGGGCGGGGGGGAAGUACCGUCUGGGCGAGCGCAGUGCGUCGGCGGUGGGGCCGCUGAGGGCCAGCAGGGCGCUGGGCAGUGUGAGCGAGGACGAGGGGGAGGGGGGCGAGGACGCGGAGGGCGCGGAGGGUGGCAAGGGGAAGGGGACCAAGGCAGUGCGGCGGAACAAGCUGCCCCCGUCGCUUGCCCCUCGCAGCACCGCGGUCACUCCCACCGCUUCUGAUGGCGGGGCAGUGGACGCAGAGGAGGGGGGCAAGGAAAGCGAGGGGGGAGGGGAGGGGGGCGAGGAGCAGCAGUACCCGAGUGAAGCAGAGAUGCUGCGCAUGCUGGAGGCCGCUCAUGCCCUGGCGCAGCAGCAGGCCAAGCAGAGGCGAGGGGGGAGGGCGGGGGAAGCAGGGGAGGCGGGGGGCGGGGGAGAGGGAAACGGGGAGCAGCCAUCGGAGGCGGAGAUGCUGCGCAUCCUGGAGGCUGCCAAUGAACGCGCCCUGCAGGACGCUGCCCGUGCCAGGGCGCUCUCCCACCAGCAGCAGCACCACCACCACCACCACCGGCACAGCACUCACCGCCAGCAGCCUGCUGACGUGGCAAAGGACAUCUCCAUGCAGGUGCUGGGGGGGUUCUCCGCCGUGACGCGCAUGGCGCGUGGCAUGCUGGCCGCCGCCCCCGCCGCUAUGGGGGAGGCCAUGGGCGGGCUGGGAGGCAUGGGCGGCAUGGGUGGCUAUGAGGGGCGGCUGCUGGGCGGCAGGGAUGCGGAGGAGCGCAUGCCUGCUGCUGACGCAUGGGGGGGCGGGUGGGGGGGGGAGGAGGAGGAAGAGGAGGAGGGCGAGAGUGAGGGCAGCCUGAGCCGCCUUACCACCAUCAAGGUGCACUUCCUGCUCUUGGGGGAGGGAAUGAGGGAUGGGGGGAAGAGGGGAGUGCGGAGUCGGGGGAGCACGGAGGAGAGCACAGGCGUGGGCGAGUUUGAACUGUUGGACGACUUUCAGGACAAUUCCUCCUCCCUCGUGCCGCCUCGCCCUCUCCUGCCACCACUCUCCGCAGACGAGCCUGUCCCUGCAUCUGCUUCCAUGCCCCCCUUGCUGCCCUCCUCGCCAUCCCACACCCCGCGCCCCACCCACCAGUGGCGGGGGUAUCAGGACAGUGAGGGGCGGGUGAGCGAGGCGAACAGGGAGGCGGUGUUGCAGCGCAUCUUCUACAGCGGGAUGGACCCACAGCUGCGCUCCCAGGUGUGGCCACGCUUGCUGGGCUAUGUGCCGUGGGAUGCCAGCCACGCGGAGAGGGAGGAGCUGCGGCAGAGGCAGAUCACCGCCUACAACUCGCUACUGCUGCAGUGGCAGUACCCCAUCUCUCUUCUCUGCUCCCGCUCUCAACGCUCUGUUCCCUCGCUAUGUGCACCAUCACUCUCUCUCCCCCCAUGCUGCUGCCAUGCGGUGCAGAGUAUAAGUGAGGAGCAGGCGAGGCGGUUCACCAAGUACAGGGAGAGGUGCAGCCGCAUCGACAAGGAUGUUGUGCGCACAGACCGGCAUCUGCCCUUCUUUGCGGGGGAGGGCAAUGAGAAUCUGGAGCGGGUGCGCCGCAUCCUCAUCACCUACGCCUUCUACAACUUCGACCUCGGCUACUGCCAGGGCAUGGGAGACCUGUUAGCACCGCUGCUGAUGGUGCUGGGGGACGAGGUGGAGGCGUUUUGGGCGUUCACAGCGUACAUGGAGACCAUGGCGCCCAACUUCCACCGCGACCAGAGCGGCAUGCACGCCCAGCUGCAAGCCCUCUCCCAGCUCGUGCAGCUGGUGGACCCGCCGCUGUACGAGUACCUGGAGAGUGUGGACUGCCUCAACUUCUUCUUCUGCUUCCGCUGGAUCCUCGUGCGCUUCAAGAGGGAGUUUGAGUUCGAGGAUACAUGCCGGCUGUGGGAGGCGCUGUGGAGCUGCCACCUGUCGCAGCACCUGCACCUCUUCGUUGCUGCCGCCGUGCUUAAACGCCACCGCCGCCGCAUCAUGGAUGAACAGAUGGAGUUUGACUCGCUGCUCAAGUUCGCCAACGACCUCAGCUGCCACAUCGACCUGGACGCCGCCCUCAGAGACGCCGAGGCGCUGUGCGUCCUGUCCGGGGAGAGGGGGCAAGCAUGCAUGCCAGUGCCACCACCACCUCUGGAAGAGAUGUUUGAAGGGCCCGAGACAGGAGAAGAGGAAGUGGAUGACUGA